AUGAAUUGUUCAUCAAGUAUGAAAGAUCGCAUUGAGCUGGUCGAUUUAUCUGAUGAGUUAAUUUUAAUUAUUAUGAACAAAGUCAAACCUAAAGUGUUAUUGCUUUGUUCUAUUAUUACUGUUGGUAAUAAUCGUUUAGAAGAACUUGCACUUGAUAAAUGUCAUUCAAUUGAUUUAACUUUUGAUUAUUUUCGAUCACCAUAUCAAAAUCUUAUUCAACGUUUUUAUUCACAUGUUUUGCCUUGUAUCAUUAAUAAUGUUCAAUCAUUAACCUUGAACAUUCAACAUAUUCCAAACAUUAGUACUUUUGCUGAAAGAAAUUCUAAUGAAAUUCUUCCAAAUUUGACACAUUUGAAAAUAAUGAUGGGUAGAAAACGGUCUAUAACAGGCACGCCUUAUAUAUUAGAAAUCGAUACGCUUCGUCAAAGUUUUAUUAAACAUCAACAACAAUCUGUUGAUUGUGUAAUCGAUUAUUUCAGUGAUAAAUAUGAUCAAUGUCAAAUCUAUUCACUUCCAUUUAUAGGUACUCGUCUUGAUUUUAUUUCAAAUCGAUUUCCACUCUUUGAUACUAAUAGGACAUUCGCAAUGGUUACCAAGUCGUUACUUUUCGAUGAUAUUCAACCGUUCGAAAGUGAUUUCUUUGAACAUGUCUCUCAAGCUUUACCUCAGCUUAGAACACUCGACGUACUCAAUGGGCUUGAACAACAAGAGAAAAUAAAAACAACGACAAAUAAUCUUGAAUUUACUAAUUUAAUUACUCGGGUUUUAUUCGACAUUCAUUUGGAUUACGCUAAACAAUUGCUUUGUCGAACUCAUCGUCCUUGUCUAGUUGAACUUGCUAUUGAUAAUGAUAUAUUAUUAAAAAUAAUCACUCAAGAUCAACAACAAACAAAAGAUAAUUGUUCUAGAGUAGAAACUCUACGAACUUGGAAACCAUUGUAUCAUUCAGCAGAUGUACUGCAAGACUUUUCCACCGUAUUCCUAUGUCAAACAUCCGGACGAAGAAAAGAUGAAAAAUCAAUGAUUUAUGUAAAAGUAUCAACUAUUUCUUUUAUUACAAUUUUUCUAAGAGUCAACUGA